AUGCUCUUGAUUUAUUUUCUUUUUGUUCUCGGCGUCGGAUCUAAUCGGAUUCGCACAUCCAACGGGAUUCUGGAAGGAAGUUUGGUCAAGGUGGGACCGCAUGAAAUCAAUGUCUUCAAGGUAAUGGGGUCAAAAUUUACUUAAAGAGGAUCAAAUCCAACAAAAGAGACACUGAAAGUUGGGCGUUUUAAACAAGAAGGGGUAAAAAUGCGCAUAGGAGAGUGUUUACUUUUUGAAGAUUACAAAAAAGAUGAAAUAAAUGUCAUAUCUGUUAAUUCAGGGUACGAAGAAAAGUUUAAAUUCAAACGUAAAAUACGGACGCAGACUUUGUUUGAACUAGGCUGUCCGUAGCCUCGCGCCUGCCAAAAUUUCCUUGAUUCUCAUGUGGAAACGAGAGUUAAUUUUUAAAAAAAUGAGAAAAGUCGAACAAGGCCCCAAACGGAUACGAAAAUAUUUACAUCUUCCUCCGAAUGCCUCCGCUACAAAGCUCAUGCUUCAAAGAGCCAAACUACCCAGUCAACCUUUCAUUCCGCCCUAAAAUAACCAACUUACCACACUUUGCAAACCUGUUAAUAAGCUUUCAAUUAUGAAAGUCCAAUUUGAUUAUGUUUGCCUUUUAUUUAUUUAAAAAAUCUUAUUUCCAGAACAUUCCCUUCGCUGAGGCUCCGUUAAAUGACCUUCGAUUUCAAAGCCCACUGCCAAAGAAAAGAUGGAGGGGAAUCUGGAAUAGCACUGUCUACAGUCCGGCUUGUAUGAGUAAUACAACGAGAACAACCUCGCCUCAAAGUGAUGUGGACGAGGAUUGCCUUUAUCUCAAUAUCUGGGCUGAUCAGCGAUGCAUGGUGGGUGAAAUACGAUUUGAAUUUACCACAAUGUUUUGUGAUUUUGUGACCAGCGAUCUUUAGUCGAUAAAAAUUCGGUCUUAUCAGUCGUUAUGUUUUGUAUUUAAACCAGAUCUCAAGAAGUACUAUUUUUUGUUUACAUAUUUUUUUAAAAAAGCUAAUGAGUCAAAAGUUAUAUUAACAUGUCAGUAAUAGAUACGGUAUCCUACGCACUAAGUAACCUUAAAGCUGAAAUUUCCGAAAAACUUUUCAACUUCAAAAAUGAUUAGCGCGCUCAGUAACGUUAAACUGCAAAGUCUGGAAGGCACAGAAGGCGCUUAUGUUGAGCUGUAGCCCCAUCCUUCCAAAAUGCAAAAUGUUACAUAACAAUUUGACAAAUCAUGCGGAAUCCGUCGGAAAGUAUGCGGUUAGGCCUUAACAAUGCUUAUUUGUAAGGCUCACCUAAAGCAACAAUGUCUAGGCCAAGCUUCACCUUGUAAAAAAGCCGUUUUAAACUCCAAAAUUUCUAGAACCGUGCCUGCCCUGUGAUCUUUUACAUCCACGGAGGGGGCUUCUAUUAUGACAGUGCCAUCAUGUUCAAUGAAACGGAGAUCAUCACCAAAUACGCAGUCCAUGAGAUUAUAUUUGUGGUCGCUGCCUAUCGAUUGGGAGUAUUCGGCUUUUUGGAUCUUGGAAUGGAAUUACCAUCGGCUCCGUAUAACGUUGGGGUUUACGGUAAUUUUAUCAAAUUUAACAAAAAAAGAAUCCAAAUGAAACGUAUUUUACAAUUAAAUAAAAUUGCAGACAUUGUUCUUUCACUCCGAUGGGUCCAGAGAGAAAUCGCCAACUUUGGUGGAGACAAGCGUCGUAUAACCUUGGUCGGGAACAGUGCUGGCGCUACAGUAAUCUCAUACCUCUUGUCCAGCCCCGUAGUGGAGUCCGGGGCGUUUUGUCGUGCCUUCAUUGGGAGCAGCGUGCCUCUCUUGAGGCCACAUGUCACCCUACAGAUGAGUGAGAUCAUCACCAGUUAUCUUAGAGUGAGUUUAUAUUGUUUCAGUCGUCAGAAUUAAUAUUUUGUGUGACUUUAAGAUUUUUCUUUCAUAUUUUUUUAGUGUAAAAGCCGGCUGAUUGAGGAUGAAUUGAGUUGUUUGAAGGAGUUAUCAGCAGAGGAAUUGGUGCUGGCAACAAGGAGUAACGAAGAAGAUUUUGGAGAAGUUGGGCCUCAAACUGAUCGAUUUUUGCUCCCUAUGGGCAACUUUAUGAAGAUGAUGAAGUUUUCUUGGAAAGUAAGUUUUGAAAUAUUCAAGGUCAAAGCCAUCAUAAUCUGCAGGAAAAUUAAUUCUUGUCCUUAUUUUUUAAAAAUUCUUCUUCUUUCAGCCGAAGCACUUGCUAAUAAUGACAACCACCGAAGAGAUGGACACCUCCCGCUCCGAUGACAUCAAAAAUCUUUGUAAAUUUUACUCCAAUUCCUUUGAUUACACCACUUCUCAAGUCUCCGACAUGUGUUACAAAAAGUAUUCAAAGAAAUACAUGGAUACAAAAAAGGAUUACAUCCACGCAAUUCACACGCAGAUAUCGCUUAUCAACACGAGAGCCGGAGGCCGGAGUUAUCGGGGGAUCUUUGGCCAAGAGGGGUCAACCUUUCAUGCCAAUGAUUUGACCUAUUUGAUUGGAUUACACCCGAAACAGGAUAUGAAUGAGGAUCAAAAGAAAAUGAAUGUGUUUUAUCCAGAAGUUCUGAGGCGAUUUGUCAAUGGAGAAGUUCCUUAUGAAGGUAGGGAAUGUUAUUUUGGAUGUAUUUUGCCAGUUAUACCUACUACAAUAUAAUUGUAGGUUGGAUUCCGACAGAUCUUGAUGGCAAGAACUACUACUACUUAUCAUUUAACAAUCUCACCAAACAAGUUCCAAAAAUGGUGAUUGGCCAGAUCUAUAAUCAGCCGGCGGUUGACUUCUGGCUCUCUGACAUGGAUAAGGUCAACCAGUUUAAUCUACCUCAAAAAACCAUUCAGACUGCUCAUUCAUUUGAAUCUUUUGAAUUUCCAUCGAGUUCUCAAGUCAAUUUGGAACGAAAGGAUCGGGUUCCGAUCUUUUGGACGACUCUUUCGAUCAUCAUUAUUGUAGCUACAGUAAUUUUAAUGGUAACUUCGUUGAGAUUGUUCUUCAGGUAUCAUUACUUUGCCGAAUAUCGGCUUGCAAAAGGGGGAGAGGGCAAGAAAUUGCUAAUUAAGAAUGUUAGAAGGGUUUGA